AUGUCUACCGUAGGCGCUUUCUGCUCUUCAUCGUCAAUUUAUAGCUCCCUUCGAGCAAAAAACCCUAGGGAACAGCCUGGUUUUUGCCCCUCUAUUAAAAGUGCUACGACGGCCGCUGAGACUACAACAGAGGAGGAGACUACGACGGCCGCUGAGACUACAACAGAGGAGGAGACUACGACGGCCGCUGAGACUACAACAGAGGAGGAGACUACGACGGCCGCUGAGACUACAACAGAGGAGGAGACUACAACGGAAGAGGAGACUACAACAGCUGAAGCAAGUAAGUAUGCUAUCUGGCUCUCUUGA